UCUCAGUCAAAACAUUCAUUUCUCAUCUAUCUCUCUAUAAAUCAUUUUAAUUUGAAGAGGUCGCAAGCCGAUGAUACGAAGCUGCGGUUCUCUUUUCUGGGGACUUCCAACAACUUGUCCACCUCUCUCUCUAGCUUCAUAGGGAGCUGCUGACUCGACUGCUUUCCAUUGCCCAAUAAAAAACUCUCUCUCCACUCUUUCUCUUCUCUCAAUGACCUUUUAACAAUGGGGAGAGCACCCUGUUGUGAGAAGGUGGGCUUGAAGAAAGGGAGAUGGACGACAGAGGAAGACGAGAUUUUGAUCAAUUACAUUCAAGCUAAUGGCGAAGGCUCAUGGCGUUCUCUACCAAAAAAUGCAGGUCUAUUGAGAUGCGGAAAGAGUUGCAGGUUGAGGUGGAUUAAUUACCUGAGAUCUGAUCUUAAAAGAGGGAACAUAACAAAAGAAGAAGAAGACGUUAUCAUUAAACUUCAUGCCUCUUUAGGCAACAGGUGGUCUUUGAUAGCAGCGUAUUUACCUGGGCGGACUGAUAAUGAAAUAAAGAACUAUUGGAACUCUCACCUCAGUAGGAGAGUUGACACAUGGAGGAGGCUGAAUGCUAGUGUUCCUGUAUUGUUUCAUGGCAAGAAGUUUAAUGGUGGGGGGAAGAGGAAAGGUGGCAGGGGAAACAAAGUUGGUACAAGGUCCAAAGUGGGUGAUUUUAGAGAGAGGAGAGAGAAAGAGGGGUUGAACGGUUUUGUCUCAGGUGAAAAUGAGGAAAGAGGGGUCAGAGAUCCCAGUUACGAAGGGCGAAAAAACAGCACUCUGCUUACAAAGAGUGAUGAGGGCCUUAAAGACAUUGAAGGCGCAAACAGAGAGAUGGGUAUGGUAAAGCAUGGUCAAAAUGAGGAGAGAUGCAGAGAGAUGGGGGUUGUGGAGAGAGAGAGUGCCAUCUUGAGUGAAAGUUUGGGAUUGGGGCUUGUUGGAGAUGUAGAGAGAGAAGGUGAGAUGAUGGUGUCAGGUGAUGAGGGAGAGAGUCUGCUGGAUUUGUGCAAUGAAACUUUGGAGUUGAGUGAGGAGAGAGAGUUACGUGUAGUGAGUGAAGACACAGAGAGAGUGCGUAAAAUGUUGGGUUUGAACCAGAAGGAAUGUGAUAUGUGGAGUUUUGAUGGGGAUUUGGGUUGGGGUUGGGAUUGGGAUUGGGAUUGGGAUUGGGAUUGGGAUUGGGAAACGGGGAAGAUGAUGGGUGAUGAGAGAGAGGAGGUAUUUUCUUGGCUUUAAUAAGGAGAAAGCGAGGAAGGUGUCUCGUGAAUGAAUGUGUGUGAACAAGUGGAGUCAUAUGCUGCUGCUGCUGCUGCAUGGUUGAUGUGUGAUGUGGAUCUCCUGUAAAUUCUGUUCCAACGUUUUUGGGUACGCGAUAUUUUUUUAGUGACAUUGGUUCAUUUUUUCUCCCC